CUACCACAGUCCGUCAAUCUCAUGGCUGACGCAAUGUUCAAAGACAAGCCUCAAGGGACCAGUCGCUUGCGAACAUUGCCUCGACCCCAUGCCACAAUAUCCUGGAUAGGCAAGAGGAGCGAGCGGCUGCUCGUUGCCUUUACGCUAAGUCUCGUGGUCUUUUACAUCGUCGGUGGUUUUGAGCGUGCGUUCCCUGUAGUCCCCGAAUCUGUGCGCCUCGAAAGACACAUGAAUACAGGCCAAGCACUAUACCCAUAUGCAGCCGUUAAAAGUAGCAUCGAGUGGAGCAAGUUGAAGCCUCGCUAUCCAAACAAACAGUCUCCCACACAGCUUCCCGCCACACAGCCAGGUACAGCUCACCCGCCGAUUCAACAUCGAUUCAAGAGAGAAUCGGGUCAUGACCGGAAGAGGCGAGAUGCGAGAAGGCGAGCGGUCCGGGACCUCACCAUAAAGUCCUGGUCAGCCUAUCGCAAGUAUGCUUGGAAGAAAGAUGCCCUCCUUCCGCUCUCCGCCACUGGCAAAGACCAGUUCUCCGGCUGGGCGGCCACUCUCGUCGACUCUCUUGACACUCUUUGGAUCAUGGGUCUGAGGGAAGAGUUUGACGAAGCCGUUGCCGCCGUGGCCGAAAUCGACUUCGCAAACUCGUCCAGCCCGAUGAUCAACAUUUUUGAGACCAACAUCCGAUACCUCGGUGGCCUGCUGGCCGCGUAUGACCUCAGCAAGCGGGACGUCCUUUUGCAAAAGGCGAUCGAGCUCGGUGAUCUCAUCCAUGCCGGCUUUGACACACCCACACGCAUGCCGGUCGACAACAUCGACCUGCUGGCUAUCAAAUCAGGGGAGGGCCAGAUGAUUGAACCGCAGGUCGUCUCGGCCUCCCCCGGAACACUGAGUUUGGAACUCACCCACCUGUCUCAGCUCACAGGGGACCCAAAGUACUACUCCGCCAUAGCCCGCCUCAACGCCCUGUUCAGUGUCAGCCAGAACCAGACCCUGCUUCCUGGCCUAUUCCCCAUGUACAUCUCGCUUUGGGGCCCCAAGCCGGACGUCAUCAGCGGUACAAGGUUUACCUUGGGAGGUGGUGCCGACUCCAUGUACGAGUACUUUCCCAAGCUAUCCCAACUUCUCAACAAUGCCGCGCCAUCUCUUGUUUCGCUCUCACACAACUUUCUGAGCUCGGCAUCUGCGAACCUCUUCUACCGGCCCAUGAUUCCUGAUUCAUCAGCGAACGACAUCAUGAUAUCGGGCACAGCCAAUAUCCAUCCCAGCCCCGACACCAAAACCAACAGCGUUCAACUCAGCCCAGAGACGGAACACCUGACAUGUUUCAUAGGCGGAACCUAUGCCCUGGCAGGGCGUUUGUUUUCCACUGCGGAGUACCUGGAGACGGGGUCAAGGCUAACGAGGGGCUGUGUGCACAUGUACAAGUCGUUCCCUACCGGGCUCAUGCCGGAGCGGCUGACUAUGCUACCGUGUCCUCCUGGAGGUUCUUCUCAUGCAGCUGAAUCGUGUCAAUGGAAUCAAACCCUGUGGGAUGCAACCGAGAAACAGCAAGGCUUGCCUAGGGGGUUUGUUUCGGCCACAGACAGACGGUAUAUCCUCCGCCCGGAGGCUAUCGAGUCGGUGUUUUACAUGUGGCGCAUCACAGGGGAACCAGAGUGGGAGGCGGCGGCGUGGGACAUGUUUCUUGCUGUCGCGAAUGCGGUCUUUGUAAAGGAAACAGGAGGCGGGGCCAGCGUGAAGGACGUGACUGUUGACCCCAGCAAGGAAGACGUCGAGAGGAGUGAUGAAAUGGAGAGCUUCUGGAUUGCAGAAACACUCAAGUAUUUUUAUUUGGCGUUUUCGCCACCUGAUUUGAUCAGUUUGGACAAGUACGUGUUAAACACAGAGGCUCAUCCGUUUCUCAGACCAGAACGGUGA